CAUCAAACGCGCGUCUGCGCUUGAACAAACUUCAGACGUGCACGCUGUGAUCAUAUCUGCAUGUGUCGGAUACAGUCUUGGAUGCCUUUUUUUGCAAGGAAGAAAAUCUCUUGCUUUCCACCGCACACCACAGAUCCCCAGGUGGAAACUUUUUAGUCAUCGAAAUACUAUUUAGGUGGGUUUCUGGUUUUGGAUCCGUUUUCUCGUUUUAGCGGUUCACGACCGGACCUUCUGCAUGACCCUGAUGUUUUCAUCCCCACCGUUUUAAAUGUACAUUAUCUCCAUACGCUGCGCAGCAUCGUGUGAAACCUGCCAACGCCUUUUCUCUUCCAUGGACUUGCUAUUCUGCAAGCUUUAGAAUAUCUGCUUUCUCCGUCGAACUCCAGCGUCCCGUUUUAAAGGUUUUAUUUUCUCUUUCUACGUGAUUUUAUAACGGGGUUGAAAGAUGGGUUGCACGUUAAGUGCUGAAGAUAAAGCGGCGGUGGAGAGGAGUAAGAUGAUUGAUCGUAACCUGCGAGAGGACGGGGAGAAAGCAUCCAGAGAGGUCAAACUGCUUCUGCUAGGUGCCGGGGAGUCAGGGAAGAGUACAAUAGUUAAGCAAAUGAAGAUCAUUCAUGAAGAUGGUUACUCAGAAGAGGAGUGCAAACAGUAUAAAGUGGUGGUUUACAGCAAUACUAUCCAGUCCAUCAUAGCCAUCAUCAGAGCCAUGGGCCGCCUGAAGAUCGACUUUGGAAAUUCUGCCAGAGCAGACGAUGCUCGCCAGCUGUUUGUGCUUGCUGGCACUGCUGAGGAAGGGGUCAUGAGCCCUGAGCUCUCUGGGGUCAUCCGCCGGCUAUGGAAGGAUGAAGGAGUGCAGACGUGUUUUUCCCGAUCACGAGAGUAUCAGCUCAACGACUCGGCGUCCUACUAUCUGAAUGACCUAGAUAGGAUCUCUCAGCACAGCUACAUGCCCACUCAACAAGACGUGCUGAGAACACGGGUCAAGACCACUGGCAUUGUAGAAACACACUUCACCUUCAAAGAGCUUUACUUCAAGAUGUUUGAUGUUGGCGGUCAGCGUUCAGAGCGGAAGAAAUGGAUUCAUUGUUUUGAAGGCGUCACUGCCAUCAUCUUCUGUGUGGCACUCAGUGAUUAUGAUCUGGUCCUUGCUGAAGAUGAAGAGAUGAAUCGCAUGCAUGAAAGCAUGAAGCUUUUCGACAGCAUCUGCAACAACAAAUGGUUCACAGACACAUCCAUCAUUCUCUUCCUCAAUAAGAAAGAUCUCUUUGAGGAGAAGAUCAAGAGAAGUCCACUCACAAUAUGCUACCCAGAAUACUCUAGUUCGAGUACUUACGAGGAGGCGGCUGCCUACAUCCAGUGCCAGUUUGAGGAUCUAAACAGACGAAAGGACACAAAGGAGAUCUACACACACUUCACCUGUGCCACAGACACCAAGAACGUCCAGUUCGUGUUUGAUGCAGUCACUGAUGUCAUCAUUAAGAAUAACCUCAUAGAGUGUGGCCUCUACUGAAGCGUCAUCUGACCGCUAAGUUAUUUAUGGAAGAUUUUUGGAGCUUAAUUGGCUGGUUUUAUCGUUUCCUCUGGAGGAAAAUAAACAAGACGGACUGCCACAUCGUCAGCAGAUUAAAUGCAGUAAUGAUGCCCAUUCACUGCAUUAUGGGAACUCACUUUUCAUGACUGUGAUGGCCACUACUUAUCACUCGAUUUUAGUAUUUUAUUUUCAGGACAGCUUCAUUCUUUUUGUUUCCUCAGUAGAUCAUGGCACACUACUAUGCAUACAGAUCAAAAUCCACUAUGGACAGUAUCAGUGCACUAAGCUAAGCUUAGAUCAAAUAUCUUUGUGUUUUAACAUUUGUUAACUAUAAGGUUUGAAUUCGAGUUCAUGUAAUGGAAUGGAACAGUAUAUUAUUUCUAAGGGGAAGUAAGCAUUUUGCUGUUUUUCAUAGCGUGUAUUUAGCUAAUUUAUUACUUAUUGUUUAGAUAUGUUUUCAGGUUUACAUACAUUUGCAUAAACAGCAGAAUUUCUGAGAAUUAAUUUGCUAUGAUGAGUGAAACUGCGUUAGUUAAAGUGGGAGUUGUUGCUGUAAAUUGUGUUUUCACAAUAAUGAAUUUAUGAGUAUGCAUUACAGUAUUAUUGUUUUUUCACAUCAAAACACAUUAACAGGACACAUUUUUUCAUUGGAUCACUUAAAUAAUACACUAUAAAUAACACAGUAUUUUUAUAUCAGUGAAAGUGUGAGCAGCUGCUUCGCAUAGAUACAUUUCUGAAUGAUGCACGAAUAACCUCUGCUGACUUGAGAACUCUUUGGAACGUGUCUUAUUGUAAAAGCAGAGCCAUGACUUUCAUGAUGGCCAAAUUUGCAUUUUAUAAAACAUUUUUUAAAACUUGUUUUAUGUGUUUUUGUUUAAUCCUGUAAAAUUCUGUAUUUUUAAAACAAACGGACACUGUGUGAUUUGGUUUGUAUUACCCUCUCCUAUCCCCGCUUAAUAUGUAGAGACAGGUAUAUAGUUUAUUCCACCAAAACACAUAAAUGCUGUGGUGCUAUCAAAACAUGUUUAUGCAUCCCAAUACGCCAGACACAAACACAGACUAAACCAAUAGUGUGUGUUUGGGAUGAAACUGUCGGUUUGUUUGACAAAUAGCAGGGGAGGUGUUUAAGAAACUUGUCAAUGUUUGCAGACUCUUUUUGUUGUUACAAGUGGUGCAGAAAUUACACAUUUCACCUUUGUGUUUUCCGAUAGAUAUCAGGUGCCACUUUUUGUAUAAAAAUGUUUUGCCAAAUAUUUAAUAACACCAAGGUUUCAUUUGUUAACACACAUUUGUUAACAAACUAACAAUGAACUAAACUUUUACAGCAUUUGUUAAUAUCAGUACAUGUAAAAUGUAACAUUUUCAAAUAUAUUUUUAAAAUCAAAACUGUUAUCUGUUAACAGCAGUUAACUGGCGCCAUCUCGUAUACGGGACAGCUGAUUUACUUCAAGAUUUGACAUGUGAAUUCUUAUCUUAUUGUGACAAACCUUAUAUCGUUGGAAAGGUCUAAACCUCUAGAAAACAUAUUUCAUCACAGUUUUAUAGAAUAAUGUAUGUAGGAAGAGUAAUAGUUUCUUUUUUAAAAAGAGUGUGCUUGCAUUUUUUUAAUGUCCUUCCAAUUGUCACAGUCCCGUAUACGGGACACCCACAUUUGCUUCGCUAUUUUUGUGGGAAUUCUGAUCUAAUCACGACAAACUAUAAAUCGUUGGAAAGUUCUGAGACUCUAGAAUACAUAUUUCAUCAGUGUUUUAUAAAAUAAAGUAUGAAGGAAGUGUAAUUGAUGAUAAUGACAAGAGUGUGUAUCAAAAAUAAGUACUGCCAACAGAACGCUUACAUUUACUUCAAUACAUUGCAUGUGAAUUCUUAUCUUAUCAUGACAAACAUUAUAUCGCUGGAAAGGUCUAAGACUCUAGAAAACACUGACCAAGCGUGUAUAAUUAGUAAGAGUAAUUGAUUCAUAAAUUAUUAUUGAUUCAUAAAUAAAUUCAUAAAGUGUGCAUCAAAAUUAUAGUUUCAUACAAAUUUUUUGUUUUGUUUACAUGUUCCUGUGCUUUUGUAUUUUUUCAUUGUGUCUGUUAAUUGGAAAAGUAAAAAAAGGUGAAAAAAGCAUCCGUGAUCAAAUUUCAGAUUUAGUGUUAAAACCAAUGGAAGCCUAUGGGGCCCCCUAGUGGAUUUUGGUGGUGGUAGAUCAGCUAAAAAACUCAGACACGUCAAAAUUUGAGUUUUUUUAUUACAAAAAAUAUGACAAAAAAGUGUUUUAUUUUUUCAGCAAUAAUUUGCUAAUUCUCUUCUUUCAAACGAGACCAACCAUGGGUCUGUAUUCCAAAGAAUUCAUGAGUUACAGCCAUUUUAGUGCCAACGGUGUGUGUAGGCUCAAAAAGGGCUGCGCCAGGUAAGGGGAUAAUGCAUUAUGAACCAACACGAACAAAUAACAAUUGCACAGUAUUUGCAAUGUAUUGUAACUGCCAUUAACAAAUAUUAAUAAAUGUUGUAUUAAUAUAUUGUUUAUUGUUAGUUCAUAUUUGCAUAAACUCAUGUCAAUGAAUAAGACCUUGUAAAGUUUUACUAAAUAACUCAAGCUUCUACCAUUUAGUAGUUCAAAGUGAGUACAAGACAUUGAUGUUUACACCCAGUGUUUCUAUCACUGUACUUUUUAUAGAUGUGGACACGAAUAUUUUUUAAUGAUUAUAGAUUUAAGGCUUAAAAAUAUGUGGAGAACAUGGGUAUGAUUUAAAGUCCCCAUUGCUGUCUUUGUAAGAGCAAAUUAUUAGUUUUGUGGUAAUAAACUAAUCCAAUAAAAAACAAACAUUUAAUGAAAUUUGAAAAUGUACUUUUGCUGUGGAGUGGCGAUCCUUCUCCGAUGACAUCAGUUUGACGAAUUGAGUCACAUUUCUUAAUAAAACAUCUACUUUUCUAGAUCCAAUCAAUUCUCAGUGAAAAAACAAGCCACACCUUCAUGUGAACUUUAAAUAAUGAAUUUAGUUUUUUAUGAUCAUGUGGAAUUGUACAGAGUCACCAGUUGCUGAAGUUUUGAGAAAAUGCAUAUGCAAUAUGCGCAAUUGUUUGAAGUUCUUAUGUAAAUGUGUGAUUAUGAUCUGAAACGACAA